AAUGUCCGUAAAAAAAUUUUGUAUGUCUAGCUCAAUGUGAACCUGAUUUAAUUGAAAAUUGGGUCAAUGUGUCUUUGCAAUAAAAUGUAAAAAUUAAUUAAUUAGCUGUGUUAAUUCAUAGCAGUAAGUUGUUUUACGGUUUUUAGGUAGGAUACGAAGCCAUGGACAGCGGUCUCUUCGUAGCUGUGAAGUUGUGAUUUUUUUUUAUUAAGCCAGAAUUAAAAUUGAUAAAAACGCUUUUACUGCAAUAACAUCAUGAUCAAGGUUAAAGAAGAAUACAAUCAGUUCAAAGAGCAACCUACCAAAGCAUUUGAGGAAAAAACAAAACCUACUCAUAAUAAAAAGUUAAAUAAUAUUGCGACUACUCAAAACAAUUAUGGCAAUACAUACAAAGUUGACGAACAGAGAGUUAAAAUUAAAAUAGGUGAAACGGAUGAUUAUUAUUAUGCGUCCACGAUCCAAGUAGUAAAAGGAAAUGAGCAGUUCAGUGGGGAACUUACCGAAAAACUUGGGGAAAAAAUAAAAACAUCUUUUGUUGAAAAAACAUGUAAUAGCUGUGCAACAACUCAAAAUGAUCUUCAAAGAACAUUCGAUGGGAAUACAUAUAAAGUUAAUCAAGUCAUAACUAAAAAUUACAAUACGGAUGAUUAUAACCACGAAAACAUGAUCAAAGUAGAAGAGGACCUUGAAGAAAAAACAAAACCUAAUUACAGUGAAAAAUCUGAUAAUGAUGUGACGACACAGAACUAUUCACAAACAAUAAUUGAUGGCAACUUAUACAAAUUUGCUAGAGAAACGUACAACGGGACAAUUGUGAAAGUCGAGGCAGAUCUGGUGAAUGGAAACUAUUUCGAGUCUGUGGUAGAGGUAGAAAAAAAUUGGCUUUUGGAUCAAACGAUGAACUACGAUUUGGACAAAAUACGGACAUAUGGUUGCGAUCUAUGCCAAGAGUCGUUUAGUACUAAAAGAAAAGUGGCUCGUCACAUAACAAAAUCACAUAGUGUAAUCCCAAAAUCUCAGGAAAGCACUAGAAAACAAGUCGUCAAGCUAUACAAAUGUGAUGUGUGCCUCAAGUGCUUCUCCUGCAAGGGCACUCUCACUGCACACGAACGCGUGCACACUGGUGAAAAGCCCUAUAAAUGUGACGUGUGCAAAAAGACUUUUUCUCAAAAGGCCCACCUUGCACUACAUCAACGCGUGCACACUGGUGAAAAGCCCUAUAAAUGUGACGUGUGCAAAAAGACUUUCACUUAUAAGGGCAACCUUGCACUGCAUGAACGUGUGCACACUGGUGAAAAGCCUUACACGUGUGGCGUGUGCUGGAAGUCCUUUUUAGAUAAAUCCACCCUCACAAAACACAAACGCAUUCACACUGGAGAAAGACCCUACAAAUGCGACGUGUGCCAUAAGUGUUUUUCUCAAAAAGCCAGUCUCACAAACCACAAACGCCUGCACACUGGUGAAAAGCAUUACAAAUGUGACGUGUGCUCAACGCCUUUUGCUGAUUUAUCCACCCUCACAAAACACAAACGCGUGCACACCGGAGAAAAACCUUACGAGUGUGAUUUAUGCUUAAAGCUUUUUACUGAUAAAUACCAUCUUACACGACACAAACUCGUGCACAUUGUUGUAAAAAAAAAGAAAUAUAAAUCUAACUAGAAUUGGAAAUCAUCAUUAAACACUUCUUUAUCA